AUGGCUUAUUAUAUCUAAUAAUUAUCCGAUGAUAAAUAUAAAAAUAUUGCUAAUGGGUUUAUUGAUAAAUUAGAAUUUUUUUUAAAUAAUAACAAUCAAUAGGAAGUUGAUUUCGAAAAGCUAGUGAAUCGCAUUAUUUUACUAAACGAUUCCUUAAUUGGGAAAGUUAGUAGAAAAUUAUAAGAAUUCAAUAAUAAGUCAAGAGAAUUAGUUUUAGAACUUAAGAAAACAUUGUUAAAUUUAGCUAAAAAUGAUAAAUUUGAAAUCAACCUAAAAUUGAUUAAUCAUGAUGUAAAAUAAUCAGAAAAUUGCUGGGCAAUGGCAUUUAAUCACUCUGGAUAAAUUUUAGCUUCAGGAUUUGGAAAAUUUAUAAAAAUAUGGAAUUUUGAAUCUGGUAGGAUUACUGAAUAAAUUAAAUUAUCAGGCCAUACUAAUGUUAUAAGUUGUUUAUUAUUUAGUAAGUAUUAAGAUAGUUUUAUUUCUGGUUCUUAUGAUAAUUCGAUUAGAUGUUGGAAAUUGUUGGAAGAGUAAAAGUGGUUAUAAUCAUAAUAGUAUUAAAAUCAUACAGGUAGAAUUUUGUGUUUCAUAUUAUCUAAUGAUGAGAACACGCUGUUCUCUGGCAGUAAUGAUUCUACAAUUAAAGUUUGGAGUGUUGAUUUUACUAAUAAUGGAAUAUAAUAUUGUUAUUCUUUAUUGAAACACACAAAUACGGUUUAUGCAUUAUCAUUAAAUACUUCUGAAACAUUUUUAGUUUCAUGUGGAUAAGAUAACUAGAUAAUAAUUUGGAUGAAAACUUAAAAUGAGAAAUGGGUAUUUAAAUAGAUUGUUAAUUAAUCAAUAACAGGAUGGGGAGCUAAAGUAGAUUUUAUUCAGGAUAAUCAAUUCAUUUGGGUUACUGGUGAAUAAAAUGGAGGGGAUUUCAUUUGCUUUUUUAUUUUAAUUAAUGGUUUAUUUGAAGAAUAAAAAAAUAAGGAAUUAAAAUUGUAAUAGAAUAAUAAAGUACUUGAUUAUAGUUUGUUUCAAACCAUGUCUUUCAAAGAAAAACAAGUCAUUUUGUUUCGUCACAAAUUUCACAUUUAUUUUCUAUAAAAACGAUUGAAUGGAUAAUAUAAUUUAACAACUAAACUAUAAUUUAAUGAUAAUUCAAUAUUUGGGGCUGCAACUAAUGAUCUUAAGUUUUUAGUAUUAUGGAAAGAGAGUGAAUAAAAGUACUUAAUUUAUGAAGUGGAGCAUAUAACAUCUUGA